UCAAAAACACUUGAGAAAACCAGAGGUCCGGCAGCUUCUUAUCCUCAGUGUGAACCUAGAGCUAUCUGCGUUCACAUGGAUUCCCCACUCUUCUGGCUGCUCGUAGCACUAUCAGUGCCUACGACACCUGGCCAUGCGAACCUACAAAGCACCUUGCAGAUGGGUGCUCUGCUUAAAUGUGGCACAGGGCGAAUAUUCGCCUACAUAGGGUACGGUUGUUACUGUGGACUCGGAGGAGAAGGCUGGCCACGGGACAGCACAGAUUGGUGCUGCUUUAAUCAUGACUGCUGUUAUGGGAAAGCGGAGGCUGUUGGUUGUAGUCCCAUGUCUCACACCUACCACUGGUAUUGCAACAAAGCCAAACAAAUACCAAGAUGUAGUGCUGCUUUAAUCAUGACUGCUGUUAUAGGAAAGCGGAGGCUGUUGGUUGUCGUCCCAAGUCUAAUACCUACCACUGGUAUUGCAGCACAGCCAGUAAAACACCAAGAUGUAAGGCACGCAAUACCAGAUGUCAAAAGAAGAAUUGUGACUGUGAUGUGGAGUUAACAAAUUGCUUAAAGAGGCAGAAAUACCAAAUGAGAUAUGUGUUAUGGCCCAAUUUCCGUUGUGGCAAUACAGUGCCAUGUUGUGAGGCCCCGGUAGAGAAAAAUCGAUGCCUAUUGUGAAUUGUUAAUUAUGUCUGAGCAUGAAACUAGCUUUGAUUUAACUCAGUAUAAGGAGUCAGCAACAAAAGCUUUUCACUGUACCUCGGUACACAUGACAAUCAACGGAAAUAAACCAAAAAAUAUAUAUUGUACAGAAAAAUACGUUCACUUUGCAUCCUGCGAACCAAGGAUCACAGGAAAUUGUAGUCACGACACCCACUAAUGAUCUAAAAAUCAACAUUAAUGAAGAACAAAUUGUCGUCUCCACUGCAAUGCCCCUGCACUCUUUGCAUUUAUUUCCAUAUAUCCAUUGGGGUGCAAGGCGGUGAAUUUUGUCCUGUUGCCAUGAACUACACUUUGAUUAAGAAGUCCAUAAUUUCAUAAAUCAUAGGAGUAGAAUUAGGCCAUUUAACCCAUCAAGUCUACUCUGCCAUUCAGUCAUGGGCGAUCUAUCUUUCCGUCUCAACCCCAUUCUCCUGCCUUCUCCCCAUAAGCCUUGACACCCAUACCAAUCAAGUAUCUGUCAAUUUCCGCCUUGAAAUCACCCAAUGGCUUGGCCUCCACCACCAUCAGUGGCAAUGAAUUCCACAGAUUCACCACCCUCUGAUUAAAGAAAUUCUUCCUCGUCUCCUUUCUAAAGGUACACCCUUGGAUUCUGAGGCUGUGCCCUCUGGUCCGAGACUGCCUCACCAUUGGAGACAUCCUCUCCACGUCCAAACUAUCCAAGCCUAUCACUAUCCGGUCGGUACGUUUCAAUGUAUGAUAGCGGGGCAGUGUAAUACAAGCUGAAGCAAUGAUCUGCAUGAUUCACUCAAGGCCAUUAAGGCCUUUCACACCGAGUGACUUGCACGUCACAAUCAAAACAUUUAAUCAGAACAAAAUUUAACCGGAGAAUGAAUCUUAAAAGAUCAGUCCCUUCUGUUCAGAUUGUAAAAGGAACAUGGAUUUGGAAUGUUGUUUGCUCUGUUCUUUUUUAUAGAUACUUUUUACUUCCUCUUUUGCCAAAGCACUCUCAAGAUUCAAGAGAGUUUAUUGUCGUGUGUCCCAGAUAGGACAAUGAAAUUCUUGCUUUGCUUCAGCACAACAGAAGAAAAAAAAAAGUAGGCAUAAAUAAAUACAGAACAGAACUGAUCA